UCUCUUAGUGUAGGAACUGGUGUGAGCAUUCAGUUCUGGCUGCUGCCCUGAGCUGCACCCUCACCACGAUGCAGCACACCCAAGAAGACCCGGUUGCAUCUGGGGAAGAAGAUGAUGCCUUUGAAGAAGGAAUAUCCUCCCGGCUUCCGGAAAUCAUGUCAAUAGGAUCACAUUCAUUCUCUCCAGGAGGUCCUAAUGGGAUUAUCAGGAGCCAGUCCUUUGCUGGCUUCAGCGGUCUGCAAGAGAGACGCUCCAGGUGUAAUUCUUUUAUUGAAAAUUCCUCUGCGCUCAAGAAGCCCCAAGCAAAGGUGAAGAAAAUGCAUAAUUUGGGCCACAAGAACAGCACCACCCCCAAGGAGCCCCAGCCCAAAAGAAUGGAAGAGGUCUACAGGGCCUUGAAGAAUGGCCUGGACGAGUAUCUGGAAGUGCACCAGACAGAGCUGGACAAGCUGACUGCUCAGUUAAAAGACAUGAGAAGAAACUCACGCCUGGGAGUCCUGUACGAUUUAGAUAAGCAAAUCAAAGCAGUUGAGCGAUACAUGAGGAGGCUGGAGUUCCAUAUCAGCAAGGUGGAUGAGCUUUACGAGGCCUACUGUAUUCAGAGACGUCUCUGUGAUGGUGCCAGCAAAAUGAAGCAGGCCUUUGCAAUGUCUCCUGCCAGCAAAGCAGCUCGAGAGAGUUUAACCGAAAUCAACAGGAGUUACAAAGAAUAUACAGAGAACAUGUGUACCAUUGAAGCAGAGCUGGAAAACCUGCUGGGGGAGUUUUGUAUCAAGAUGAAAGGUCUGGCUGGCUUCGCUCGGCUCUGCCCUGGGGAUCAGUAUGAGAUUUUCAUGCGUUACGGUCGCCAGCGAUGGAAAUUGAAAGGCAAAAUAGAAGUGAAUGGCAAGCAAAGCUGGGAUGGAGAAGAAAUGGUCUUCCUCCCUCUCAUUGUUGGACUGAUCUCCAUAAAGGUGACAGAAGUGAAGGGACUUGCUACUCACAUCCUUGUAGGAAGUGUUACCUGUGAAACAAAAGACCUAUUUGCAGCUCGGCCCCAGGUGGUUGCAGUAGACAUUAAUGACCUUGGCACAAUUAAGCUGAACCUUGAAAUCACCUGGUACCCCUUUGAUGUGGAGGACCUGACCCCCUCCACGGGAAACGUGAGCAAGGCCUCUGCUCUCCAAAGGAGAAUGUCCAUGUACAGCCAAGGCACUCCAGAGACGCCAACCUUCAAGGAUCACUCGUUCUUUUCAAACUUGCCAGAUGAUGUCUUUGAAAAUGGAACGGCAACCACUGAGAAGCGGCCUCUCUCCUUCACUUUCGGCGACCUGCCUUAUGAAGACCGCGUGCCCCCUGCCAACCCAGCAGAGCCCUCCUCUGCUCACGUCAGCUCCAGCCCCGAUAUCACCACCACUGCUACUCAGGACCGAGCUCUCAAGUCAUCCGAGAGCUCGAGCCCAGACUGCAGCAGCAGUGGCUCCUGCAGAGAUUCUGUCCCUGAGCCCAAGGACCUGCCGUGCCCGGGAGACGCAGCAGUGACCGGGAUCAAGGCCACCCCUAGGGCACAUUCUGAAGUUUGCCAAAAGCCCUCUGAUGCCAGGAGUGAUCGUGUCUUUAUAGAGGCGAGCGUCCCGGUGUCUCUCCUGCAGGACACAGAUGAAGGUUCUGAGCUAAAGCCGGUGGAGCUGGACACCUAUGAGGGCAACAUCACCAAGCAGCUGGUGAAAAGGCUUACAUCUACUGAGGUGCCUGGGACCCCAGAGAGGCUGCCGUGUGAGGGGUCCAUCAGUGGGGAAUCAGAAGGCUACAAGUCUUACCUCGAUGGAAGCAUUGAAGAAGCCUUGCAAGGGCUUCUCUUAGCUCUUGAGCCGCAUAAAGAGCAGUACAAAGAGUUUCAGGACCUGGACCAGGAAGUGAUGCAUCUGGAUGACAUCCUAAAAUGCAAGCCAGCAGUAAGCCGAAGCAGGUCCUCCAGUUUAAGUCUAACAGUUGAAAGUGCUUUAGAAAGCUUUGAUUUCCUGAACACCUCUGACUUUGAUGAUGAGGAUGGUGGUGGUGAGGAGGUUUGUAAUGGUGGAGGAGGUGCAGACUCAGUAUUUUCAGAUACUGAGGUUGAGAAGAAUAGUUACAGGACUGAGCACCCCGAAGCCAGGGGCCACCUCAGUGAAGCCCUGACUGAGGACACAGGAGUAGGCACCAGCGUUGCUGGCAGCCCUCUGCCCCUGACCACAGGAAGCGACAGCCUCGAUAUAACCAUAGUUAAGCACUUGCAGUACUGCACACAGCUCAUCCAGCAAAUUGUCUUCUCCGGUAAAACACCAUUUGUGACAAGAGACCUCCUUGAUAAGCUGUCCAGGCAGACUCUUGUAAUGGAGAAUAUUGCAGAGAUCAGCACCGAGAACUUGGGAAGCAUCACCUCCCUUACUGAUGCAAUCCCAGAGUUCCACAAGAAGCUGUCACUGCUGGCUUUCUGGAUGAAGUGUACUGGUCCUUCAGGAGUCUAUCACACGACUGCAGACAAGAUGAUGAAGCAGCUGGAUAUCAAUUUUGCUACCACUGUGAAUGAGGAAUGUCCAGGGCUUGCAGAAACAGUUUUCCGAAUCCUGGUAUCUCAGAUUCUGGACCGGACAGAGCCCGUCCUCUACUCCACCAUGUCUUCAGAGAUCAUUACAGUCUUUCAGUAUUACAACUAUUUUGCCAGCCACAGUGUUAAUGACCUUGGAAGCUAUUUGCUGCAGCUUGCAAAAGAAGCCUCUGUGAUUCAGAUGUUGCAGUCUGUGAAAGAUGGAAAACUGCAUCAAAACGUGUCCAAAAUAAACUCCAACAACCUUCCACCACAGCAAGAAGUUUUGAGAGCUUUGGCUUUACUUCUCAAUGAAAAUAAAAAUGAAGUUAGUGAGUCUGUGGCAUCGCUCCUGACAGCUACUGCAGAAAACAAGCACUUCAGGGAGAAAGCCUUGAUUUAUUACUGUGAAGCGCUAACCCAGCCCAACCUCCAGCUGCAGAAAGCAGCCUGCCUGGCUCUGAGAUACCUCAAGGCUACUGAGAGUAUUAAAAUGCUGGUCAUGCUCUGCCAGUCUGACAAUGAAGAGAUUAGAAAAGUAGCCUCUGAAACCCUGCUCUCACUUGGUGAAGAUGGGAGAUUGGCCUAUGAACAGCUGGACAAUUCCCUCGGGAAUUUGUCAGAGUUGGAAGUCGCCGUGGAACUGAAUCUGCCACAGCUUUUUAGGAAAAGAACCUGCCUAAGUGUAACAGACAUGAAAGAAAGACGGAGCUGCCAUUAAGCAUGGGAAGUAGAAUGAAGACUUUGAAGGAGUGUCCCAAAAUGUAGCAAUUCACCAACUUUUUAAGGAAAAGCAAAAUCUAAACACAGCUAAAGAGUUCCUAUUGGCUCCUCUGCAGCUUAUGAUGGAACAGCCAGAUGAGGCUGAGGAACAAUACUUUCUUGACUGAUUUGUAAUAAAUAAUGCAUUGCAGUUACUCAGCCUCGGCAAACUUCUGUGAGAUUUUAGAAUCUGGCAUCUUUGUAUAUUUUACUGAGCAUUAAUUAUGUUUACUUCCUUGAAAUGGUCAUGAAAACUUGAGACGUGAUGUGUAUCUGAAAUGGAUGAGUAGGAGGCCACUCGAGCAGAACCACAAAGCAGCUUUCUCUCCAACACCGAACCAAGCGCCUACUGCCUCGCAGUGUUCCCAGAACCACUCCAGCAGCCCAGAACACCACAGUGCUGUCUCAGUAAUGAAAUACAGAGUGAGUUUCUUCAAGUUUUGCCUCCAGAAGCAGCAUGAUGCAAGCCCAAGGAGGUGUCACUAUAGUGACUCAUUCUGAAUGCCUCUACUGGUCUUUUAUUUCCUUUCUCUCACCCUCCAGCAAUGAACCAUCAUUAAUCCAGAGACUGAUGAGGGGAAUCAAAUAACCACGUAGGUUUUGAAAAACUAAAUGAAAAGGUAAAGCGCAUUUAUUUAUUCCAAGAAGUAGUGAUGAAUACAGCUAAUUGCACAAGUCCUCAAAGCCAUUCUGUCCUGCAGGUUGCAAGCAGGAUUGGAUUUCAUACACUGUAAUUAGUGGAGGAUAGCUUCUAUAGAAUGAUUUCAAUAAAAAACUGAAACAAACUAAAGCAGACCUCGGAGGCAGUAAUAAACAGUGUGAAGUGAAUGCAUUUGCUCCCCCACUGCAAGAAUGAAAGACAGUGCUUCAAGCUGUUGAUUAUGAGCCUGAAGAUAACAGAGGAGGUGAACAGAAUUUAACAGAAGAGUGUUCCUGUACUGUGUUUAUUAUGCAUGAAAUGAUAUUUAGAUGUCAAUUAUAGCAUCCAAAUUUGCAUAGACUACAUAGAAAAGAUUGCAAACAAUUCACAUCAAAAGGAAGCCUUUAGCACCAAACACAUUGGCAGGCAGAAGUUGUUCUGGUUUUUGUCGUUUUUUUUUAUCGUGAAUGUUACAACAAUGUACAUAUCUGUAUAUUUAUAAAUAUAUAUAUUCUUCCUUAAUUAAAAAGGUACAUUUUGUACAGUUCAAAAUACAGUUCAGAACGCUUACUUGUUUACUGAGGGACAUAGACUCUUUAUACAGAAGGUGAAAUAACCAAGUUCUGGUUUUUGUACCACACCUGUUCCAUCAGCUGAAUUCUUUCAAGGUGUUCUUUUGUACUGACCUCUGCUUUUUUUUUCCCCUUUAGUUUUGUGACAUUUAUUUCCUAUCACAUUUAAGUUAUAAUAAAGAUUAUUUUUUAAGUA